GUGUGUGUGUGUGUGUGUGUGUGUGUGUGUCAGUGCGGCGGUGGAGAGUACAGGAGCAGCGAAGGCGGAGGCCCAGUCUCGGGCAGAGGCGGCUCGUAUCCAGGGGGAGGCGGCCGUCAACGAGGCCAAACUGAAGGCCGAGGCUCAGAGCAUCGAGGCGGAGGCGGAGCUGCAGCGGCUGGCGAAGGCUCGUGAGCAGGAGCUGAGCUACAAGAAGCAGAUGGAUCAUCUGGAGGUGGAGAAGCAGGAUCGACUCGCUCAGAUCGAGAGUCAGAGGUUCAGUCAGCUGGUGCAGAGUCUGGGCAGCGACACGCUGAAGGAGAUGGCGAGAGCCGGACCUGAGCUGCAGGUGAAGAUGCUUCAGGCUCUGGGGUUGAAAUCCACCCUCAUCACUGACGGGUCAUCACCCAUCAACCUCUUCACCACAGCCAACGGCCUGCUGGGGGCGCUGCCGGGCCAGUGAGGGGGAGGAGGAGGAAGAAACUGUUCAGAAGAAGCUCAUUGUGAUCUGACACGUUGGAUCUCUUUGUGUGUUUGUUGCUCUGACAGAUUCUAUUUAAAAACUGACAAACGUCCACAGAUAAAAUGAAGAAAAUGAAACGUUCAAACCAAAGAAUCUGUAAAACUGCGUACGAUCCAAAUAAAACUGUUUACAUGUGAAA